AUGGCCGGCUCGACAGGUGCAAGCUUUGCUAUCGGUCUGCAGAGCAGUGUUGCGCAGCUUGGGCCGCAAUUCUUCCAGUCGAAGUGGGCGUACAAUCGCUACAGGAACAGCUUCUUCAUCGGGUUUGCGAUCACGUUGGCUGCGUUGGCUACCAACCUUUGGACGUGGUGGCUGACGAGGAGAAUAGAGCAGAGGGUAGUCGAAGUUCGGAAGGAUACUCUGAGGGCAAGGCGGGAAGGAAGAGCUUACGACGGACGAAUCGACAUCGAUAUCAUGGAUAGUAAGAAGAUGAAGAACCAUGAGUGGAUUUAG